GAAUACAGAUGGCAGCUGAGGAGAAUAUGGCAUUUGGCAGUGUCAAUUUGAAAGAAACAAUGAUUUGAAAGAAGUUCGUUAUGUGUUAUUUUCAGUGUGUAAAAUAUUAUUUGAUUAUUACUGCUAUUAUUUCAUUUACUAUUGUUUACUUUGUUAGAAAACGCAUACUAUCUGCUACAAUGUCAUUGUGUAACAGGGAUGAAUUGAGUGACGACGAGGUAUUCUUCGGAAAACUGACUCUCAAGGAACUCAAAAAACAUAUUUUGUGGGAUAAGCAACAACAAACAAUACAUGCUGCCAGUGCAACAAACAGCCCAAUAAAUUCAGAUGAUCACAAUGCAAGUUUGAAAAUCUUACAAGCGCACUCCCAACCCAACCUAUUACCUAAUAGAGAAAUUUCUAAUCUGGAUAUUUCUGAACUCAAUAAUUCUAGUUUUGACAAAAAAGCUGCUGAUGACAGUUUUAUUAAAAUGGAGAAUAUGGUCGCAAAGUUAUGUAUGUCGCCAAAAAAGAAUGAAAAGGCUGAAGAAGAAUUGAACAAUACGUUAGAAGUCAUCGAAUAUAUUUUAAAUAACCCACCUGCAAAAGUAGACAGGCCACUAGUGAAGACUGAAAAAGAUAUAGCAAAAAGUGAAAUUACAUCAGAUUUAUCUCCACAAAAAUUUGAUAAAAGGUCCUUAAAACCAGAUACAAAUAUAUCUCCGAAACCUCCUCAGAACACACCAAUCAAAGCUGCUAAUCAAACGCCUAAAAACAAAGAAGACCACUCAACUCCAAGGGAAACUAAACAUAAACCUAUUUUUAAAACACCCUCUCAACCCCUUUCAUUGAAAAAACCAUCUGCAACUUCUUUGAAGAAAACCCCUGGUCGCUCUAAUGCAUAUCAACAUAUAAGCAGCCCAGUAGCAUCUUACAUUAAAAACUGUCCAAUAGCACCUUUAGUGAAAGAUGUUCAUCCUAAAAAGCCUUUGCCUGGGACAUCCUCAAUCCCAAAAUUUGUGAAACAUGCACCACCAGCUAAACCAAGUAAUAAAGAAAAUGUCAAUUUGCCCUCAGUUGCAUACAAAAGUGCUAAAAAGACAAGAGUGAUUGAUAUGCCUGAUGAACAGAAACUGCCACAAUGUCAAUGGGCUAAGAAGAUAAUGUCAACUUUACCAAGACCCACUGUUAUGAAGCAUGAUCACAGGGAGUUGAAUUUAGCUAAGAAAAAAAUAAUGCCUCAACAAGAAGACAGUUUUGCUGAUCUUUCUUACCAUCAAGCUGAAGUAUCUGUUUGUACACAAAAAUCAGCAUUCAAGGCAAACAAGAACUUUUGAUUUAUGACAAGCAUAACAUAGACUUAUCAACUGAAUGUUAUGGUAAUAUUAUUAUGUAUUUUUUGUCUUUUCAAAAUAUAAUGCAGUGUCAAUUUUUAA